AUGAAGACUGACAAAGUUGAUGUUGUCCAAAGGAGGGUUAACCUUAUGGAAAAGGAAGGUGUGAAUUUUGUGGUCUAUGUUAAUGUAGGAAAAGAUCCUUUUUACUCAUUGGAUCGGCUUCGCCAGGAGAAUGAUGCUAUUGUUUUGGCGGACCUCCCUGUUCCUGGGCGCGAACUCACUGGAGUCCAUUUUGAUAUGGAGUUUCUUCACGCCAAUACUAAAAGCUUGCUUGAUAGCAAUCAUCAGGACGGUAAAUACAUCUCUGCAAAGGGCAAGAAGGUAGUGGUAAUUGGUGGAGGUGACACCGGCACAGAUUGUAUUGGGACAUCCAUCCGUCACAGUUGCAGUAGUAUUGUUAAUUUAGAGCUUCUCCCUGAGCCGCCACGAACCAGGGCUCCUGGCAACCCUUGGCCACAGGUUUGA